AUUGGCUGAGAUUGGCAAUGCGCUCGCCGUGCUGUGUGCUGUUUCUUUGCUCGUGAACACAGUGUAAACUUUGAUUUGAGUUACACUUUGAUUAUCCGAGUAAGUUUGUUCGGCUGCUAGUUUUCAUUGUACUGUCUGUAUGCAGGCGUCCUUGUGUGCGGAGCCCAAUGGAGCUGGAGGGUCAGUGGUGGAAAGGAGAACUUGCAGAGGACAUCUAUCAGGCCCUGCGUUACAAAGAGCUGCGGUUGCCUGCGUACAAAGGCCAGUCCCCACAGCUGAGCCUUAGACGAUAUUUUGCAGACCUUAUCGCUAUAGUCAGCAAUCGCUUCAAGCUUUGCCCGGCGGCCAGACACUUGGCUGUUUAUCUGCUGGACCUGUUCAUGGACCGCUAUGACAUCUCAGUACAGCAGCUUCACAUGGUUGCGCUGUCCUGCUUGCUUUUGGCCAGUAAGUUUGAGGAGAGAGAAGACUGCGUCCCGAAGCUGGAGACACUGAACAGUCUGGGCUGCAUGAGCUCUAUGAACCUGGUUCUGACCAAACAGGGUCUGCUGCAUAUGGAGCUGCUGCUCCUCGAGACGUUUCAGUGGAACCUGUACCUCCCCACCGCUGCUCACUUCAUAGAGUACUACCUGCCGGUCGCUGUGAAUGAGACGGACCUGCAUGACGGCUGGCCGAUGGUGUGCAUGGAGAAGACCAUGCUGUACAUGUCCAAAUAUGCUGACUACUUCUUAGAGGUCUCUUUACAAGACCAUGCAUUUCUGCGAUUCGUCCCGUCCCUGGUUGCUGCGGCGUGUGUUGCCUCCUCCAGGGUAAUCUUGCGUCUGUCUCCGACCUGGCCUCCGCGCCUGCAGCGUCUGUCAGCGUACACCUGGGAGCAGCUGCUGCCCUGCGUGGAGAGACUUCUAAUUGCUCAUGACAGUGACGUAAAGGAAGCAAACAAGCAGAAAUGCCCGCAGCCGAGUGCUCAGCCUGCACAGAUGGUGUAUCCCGUCCGGGGUCAGAGUGUGUCCUUGCAUCAGUACAUGCAGCGGCCGAACACGCAAUACAUGCAGCAGAGCUGCCAGCCGGUGGUAGUGUCUUCUCAAGGUCCUGCAACAUAUCUGACACAUACGGCCUCAAUGCAGGGGCUCACGCAGACACAGACCAUGGAUGCUAAGGUCAACAUGCCAGGCAGGGCUUACCAGGUGAACCCGCUGUACCCCUGUGAAGCUAUGCUUCAAUGGCAUGUUUUUAUGGCAUGA